AUGGGGGAACCAGCAGCUGUUCGAAAUGUCCCUCCGCCAGAAGGAGAGUUGGCAAAGGUGUUGGAAAACAUGAGUGAUGUUCGAACCAGGAUCCUAGUUGCCCCUGGAUACUUUACCCAAUGGCUUAACGACAAGGCCAUCAAUGUGAAGAGUGCCAAAGCCCUAGGCUUAAACGCUCGAGUUUUGGAGGCAGUGGCUGAGUGGUGGUGUCCCAAUUUCGAGUACGUUAAGAUUCUGACCAUAGAUGCGGCCCGAGCCGAGGAUGGUCGGCUGGAUACCUUCUUUGCCAUCAUCCAGAAGUAUUGGGCAUGGGAUCAAAUCAGUGCCCAAGUUCAUGCAAAUGUCAAUGCUGAGAUCAACAAUGAAGAGGAGGCUGAUCAGGAUGAGUGUGUGGUAGUUGAGAUCGCCUCCAGUUCCCAAGCCGCCCGGCCUGGUGGAUCCGUUGAGCCACAUGCAGAGCCUGCCACAGGCCUGAGACACAUGAGGACAGGUGUGAAAGAUGAGAUGCCUCCACCGCCAGUGCCUGCAAAGGCUUUGCUACCGCCCCUUCCGAGAGAGGUCUUGCCUUCCAACCCUGCUGAUUUGCACCCAGUAGACCGUGCUAAGCUUGAAGCCCGGAUGGCUGCAAUCCGGCCCCUUGUUUUAAAGCAACGACUCGAGGAAAGCAAAAAGGUUUUGGCAGAUCAAGAAGCUCGAUCACCUGAGAACAUGGAGCCCGUUGGCACAGGCAAAGACACGGAUGAAACCUUGCCAUACUGGGGUGAUGUGAUCGGUGAUGCUAUCGAUGGUCGUGGCCUUUAUGACUGUGAAGAUCCGGAGGAAGAGGAUUCCCUCCUCGAUUCCCAGCCCAUGGCAGCCGCUGUGGCGGAUUCCAAGCCCAUGGCAGCCGCUGCAGCAGCUGUUGAAGAUUCCGAGGCUAUGGCAGUUGAAGACUCUCAGCCUCUUACCGCAACAGUCUUGGAGGAAGAUUCGCAGCCUCGGCCAGAGACAGAGCUUGAUUCUUUGCCCCCCGUCUUUGAUGAUUCGCAGCCUCGUCCAGAGACAGAGCUUGAUGCUCUGCCACCUGUCUGUGAUGAUUCGCAGCCUCGCCCAGAGACAGAGCUUGAUCCGCUGCCACCUGUCUUUCAAGAUUCGCAGCCUCGCCCAGAGACAGAGCUUGAUCCGCUGCCACCUGUCUUUCAAGAUUCGCAGCCUCGCCCGGAGACAGAGCUUGAUGUGGUGCCCUCUGUUGCUGAGACAGAAGUUCCAUGCGCUCAGCCUGACCCACCGUCGGAGACAGAGGAUGGUGAGGACAAGAGAAAAAUGGAUGAGCCAACCACUCCGAAAGCCACCAUCCCCGAGGUGCCCAGCCACGCCAAGAAGCCUGCUGCCAAGCGCAGUGGCAAACCAGCAGCAAGCAAGACAAAGGCCAAGCCAAGACAGACAGGUGCCAGCCAAACAGGUCAAGACCAGCAUGAAGAAGGCGGCAAUUUGGAGAAAGACUUGGAAGGCUUGAAAGACCUCCCAAUGGUGACCCGAGAGCAUCAGCAAGUUAUCAAGAACCAGAAGAACAAGACCAGGAGAAUGGAUGAUGCAAGGGAUGCUCCUCGUGGACGAGACGCUGAACCAAAGGGCCGAGGCCGUGGUCGAGGCCGUGGACGUGGCAUCGCCAAAAGGCCAGCUUCUCGCAAGCCUGCCAAGGGACAAAAGCAAGCCAGAUUGGCAUCGCCAGUUGAUGCUACUGUGACUGUGCUGGAGAGCGAGGGCGAGGAGACAAAUGGUGAGGAAUGCAGGAAGGAUUUGGCACGUGACUUUGAAGCUGCCGCGGAAAAGUCUGCAAAGCUUCGCACACAGAAGGACCCGGUGGACACCCACAAGGGCAUUGCCAAGGACAAGCCGGACAAGCGAAAGAGGCCAUCUACGAAGGAUGAUGUUCGCAAGGAGAGCAACGAAACACAUGGCAAGGCCCGAAAAGGUGCUUGCAAAGCAGAUGCGCCUGAGGAGAUGCCUGACGUUCCCAAGGUUACCAAGGCUGCUCGCAAAGCGAAGGAGCCAAAGGAAGUUCCCAGUGGGGAAGGGCAGGUGCUGCGCAAGGCCACCUUCGCAGGCAGGUACUGCCCAUCCCGUGAUGGGAUUGCCAGUGCUCGCUUCCUCGUCAUUAGAAAGGUGUUCGAGGAGAAGGUCGAAGGCAAGCUCACUGGAUCGGUGAGUUCUUGCGAGAUCAAGGACGCAGUGAGGUAUUUGAGGGGGGCAAAGGAUCUUGAGAUCCCACCGGAGUUUCGGCCUCUGUUUCCCGAUGAAAUGUGGGAAGGAUCUGUUGUCAACAGUGAUGGAACAAUGUCUUACCACCCAGCAGAGCCAUUUGAGGAUUUGUGGGAUGAGAUCCCAGAUGUCUCGGAUGCUCUUGCCCCGAGACCUGUGUUAGGACAGGCCCACAUUAGCCCAGAAGCCGUCCGUUCCCGAUCUAGGCGAAUCUUCACAAAACGUGGAGAUGGUAGCAAGAAGGAGACCUUCAUCGCUGAAGUGGAGGCGACGAAUCGCGGCUGUGAAGAAGCAUUGCCGGACCCAGCCGCAGAAGCUUUUGAGGCACCGGGCGGGCAACAGUUGCUGAGAGAUCCCUAUGAGAAAACAAUGCUCUACUAUGUCGAAACCUCUGUCAAAGGUGAUGUGGUGGAUCUCGAGAAAAGUGAUGAUGACGAUGGGGAUGAUGAAAGGGCUCACAGGAAAAUUGGGGUGGUUCCGGAGUUGGAUCCCGAUGCACUUCCCAGUUCGGGUGUCCAACGGAUGGCUUUGGCAAAGCGCAUUGCUAAAGUGGCAGCUGUGAAGACCCGAUUCGACCAAGCUCCAGCCCUCAAUGAGAUCCAAGACAAGUUGCUCAGCCAUGCGUUGUCGGGAUCCAUCACGGCCUUGGAGCAGAUGCAGAAUGAAAUGACGGCUGCAUACACCAAGGGCGUGGUUGAGGGCUACUCAAAGGAGAACCUUAAUUGA